AAUUUGAAAAUAUCGACAUAUAUCGAGCUGAAUUCAAUCAAUUAGACAUCGAUCGAUUUCCUGAUGGGACUAUUCUAUUGGUAGAUGAAGCUGAAUUGGCUGCUGAUUUCUAUUAUGCAACUUCCGAAAUUUUUGUUAACAGCGUUAGAUUACUUCAUCCAAACAAAACUAUAAAAUAUUUGUACGCUUUUACUCGAUUGUGCCCAUCUAUAAAUAUAAAUAAAAAUUGUUCUAUUAAAACGAUAAUACCAAUUAAAGCAAAUCAUGUUCUAAUGAUAUACAUAAAUGUGCUUCGUCAAUACACUGUAGUGAUAGCAGACUGGUCUGACAAUAUUAUUUGGAAUGAUACAACGAUUACAAUAUCGGACUUGGAAAUUGGAACUCCACAAAUCAUUCAAAAUGAUUUUUACGAUGAAUAUAGGUCAUUAUUUUUAGUCUCUGAAGGAAGUUAUUUGUUUUAUAGAGAAUACAAUUACAAUGAAGAUGAUGGCCAAUUUGUUAUAUAUCAAGAAGACAAGUAUACUAUUGGACCAAAUUUAACAGUAUUUCCGGAUAGUUUGUUUCCGACAAAAGAAGGUUAUGGAAUUAUAUCUUACGUCCGGGAUAGUAAAUUUUUUAAUGGGCUGAAUCCAGCGUAUCUUACAUUAUUACAACCCGACUCAAAAUCAAAUAAAAUAAGCCAUCUUAAUUUAACUAAUGAGACAUCAACACUUAUAAUGGAAACAAAAUGUAAAGCUGAUACGGAAAUCAAUUAUAAAUAUUCUUGCUUGAUACUAUCGAAUGAUCAGCGAUUUAUAUUGGCGGAAAUCGAUUAUUUACCCUCAUUUGAUGAUUUUAAAGUCAAAACGAAAAAUUUAUCAAUUUCUAUUGAUUAUGGUUCUUCCCUUAUGGCAUUUCCGGCCUCAAAAGUUGAUUUUUUGAUACAAUUUUACUUACGAGCAACAAAAUCAAUAAUCUUGAUAUUAUUUAAUGCUAAAACCAAUGAUAUUAUAACAACAGAAUUUUAUGGAGGGUCCUUGAACUUUACUUCUCAGUUUGGAUAUGCUUCAUUGGUCCUUCAUAAUGAAGAAUUAAUAAUAGCAGCCGAUAUCGAUGAGUUUAAUUGGGAAUUAAAAUCUAUAAACAUAUCCCAGUUUAUUCCUGAAAGAAAUAGGCUCAAUAAUCUUCAUAUAAAAAAAACUUGGCCCUUAUGGGAUGAAAGAAUUUCCAUUGAUACAAAUAUGAUAAACAUCACUUUUGUCCAUCCAAUCGAGUUAAAGGACAAAAAUGCCUCGAUUUAUCUUUAUAAUGAUGGGGAGUAUAUGUUACGUCAAAGAUUUAAAUGCAUAAGCCCAGAAUGUGUUCUUAGCAAAGACAAAUAUUCUUUAAAUAUGACUAUUAAAAAGACAACUUUUAGUAUCCCUGAAAUGGUCUACUAUAUUGAAAUAGAUGAUGAAUUUGCCGAAUUUAGAAAUAUUAAUAAACUUUUACCUGGUAUCAAAAAAGAAGAUUGGCCUAUACGCAUAUUAUCGA